CUUGACGACUCGAUGCGUGUCCAACGUGACAGGUGUUUACAAAACUGACGAUUAUAUCCGUUUAUUAUUUUAUUAAUUUACUUUGAAAGGAAACGUGGGCACAUCCCGUGUUAUAUAAUUACAAAUGAUACCACGAUCAUCACGAUAUUUAAUAUAAUCGGCACAUUCAUAAACAUAAUAAAUGAGUUGCUGACAGGGAAAAAGUACGACUGUUGCUAUUCACAUCGGAAGGACUUCAACGGGAACCUCGACGAGUCGCCUCCUGGGAGACCAAGGGAGUCAGAGAUGGAUGUGAGUUCGUUGUUCAAGGCUAGCGUGAAGGCGGUGAAUCUGCGGAACAGGGACCUCGGUACACCGGCAGCAGAGAGCCAACCGCGGAGGACCAGGAGCAAGAGCACCUUCUGCGUGAAAGCGCACGCGGUGGUCGUGCAGAUCUCCAAGCUGCGCGAGUUCCUGCUGGAGAAUCGCAAGGCCUACCUGAACUUCUCCAACUAUCUGUCCGCGGCGCCGCACAUGACGGAUGCGGAGCGCGACGAGAUCGACCUGGGUGCACAGCGGAUAAUGAGCACCUGUUCGCAGCUGGUUAAAGACUUGAAGCGAGAGAUCGCUGCGUCGACGGAGAUCACCCAGCAGAACAUCGAGCAUCGCGAGAUCAUGCUGCUGCUUAUAGAGGACUAUCUGAAGAAUGUCUGCAAGAUAUAUUCGGAGCAGAAGGCGAUGCGCGUGAAGAAGGCUAUGGAGAUGCGAAGGAUCUCCAGGUUGCAGGCAGACCAGCCGUCGGCGACGGUGACGAAAAGAUCAGCUCUGAACUCGGUCGAUCCCAUGGACGAUGAUACCAAGAACGGCUCGAACGAGUCCAGCCCGAUGAAGAUCCAGGAGAUCAACGGCGACGUCAAUACGAUGACGUACGAGGAGGAAUUGUCAGCGGAAGACAUACAGAUGUUCGAGUCGGAGAAUGAACAGCUGUAUAACGAGCUGAACACCAUGACGGAGGAAGUGAAGCAGAUCGAGAGUAAGGUAGUGCACAUCGCUGAGCUUCAAGAGAUCUUCACGGAGAAGGUUCUGGACCAAGACAAAGACCUGGAUAGGCUGAUGACGACGGUGGUCGGAUCGACGGAGAACGUGAAGGAAGCGAACGAGCAGAUUCGCCAAGCGAUCCAGCGAAACGCUGGCCUCAGGGUGUGGAUCCUCUUCUUCCUUCUAGUGAUAUCAUUCUCGCUAUUGUUCCUUGAUUGGUACAAUCCAUAAGAGUCGAUGGAUCUCUCCGAGUUGCUCUUAAGAUACGAGAGUGAGGAAAGGCGAUGUACAUUUACAAGAGAUGUUUGAUACAAUCCAUAAAAUAUAUUUCUGUUAUUAAAUUAUUG